UUUCUAUGCCUGGCAUGAACCUCGGAUAGCAAAACACUUUCGCCGGGGGGAUAUUCUUUAGGAAAUUCGAUACAGCCUCGAGCUCGUGGACGGCUGUUCUUGAAUUGAGCGAAAAACCUCAUCAAUACCAUUUACUAUCUCCGAGUACUACUUGCGCAUCAGGCUCACAGGCACAUCAUGCUUCGACAAGACCUAGCUCCAACUAUGGAGCCCCGAAACCAGUCAACGCAUUGAAACACUCUGAAUACAACAUAAUCUCUGCGACCUUUUCUGUAGAUGGAAAGUUCCUCGUCACCAGCUGCGCCGACGGCCACAUUUACACAUGAGGUUUUUCUGCUAUCGUCAAAGAAGCCGGCCUUCCAUCAGAUAUUGUUGAUGCUAUACCGCAACCUGCUCCAAAGAUCAAAGGUGCUCGUCAGAUACUCCCGCGUUUUUGAUGAUGCACUGCGAGAGGCUAAUUUGCGCACUCGUCUAUCCCAAUCACAUGGGCUACAUAACCACCUAAGGCUCCCUUACGUCAUGGUGGAUGCGCAAAACCUCUUUUGGAAAAACGACGAAGACGAGAACAUGCAUCCGGCUUUACUGAACAAGAAGGAUGCGUUUUGCGUACGAUGUGAUCUGGAUAGGUCCACAUUUCUGAUCUCCACUUCUCGAGGCCGGGAUUGGCGAAGGACAGUCUGUCACACGAGAAGCAUACGUUCGGGGGAACCGUCUGGCACGUCCCCGCUAGCCUUGACGGUACUCUUUCUCUCGGAACCAUUCCGUACCUUUGUCACAGCAGCUGCCAUAUCGCCAGUGGGUCGAUACAGCGAGUUUUUUAUGAGGCGAGGCGACAGUGGAGGGAGGAACGUCCUUCUCGUUUUCACGAGCGUGCCACCAUGAGAGUGUUCUGUUCUUGCCUUAGCAUCCGUAAUGCUAUUUGAUCAUGAGUGGUUCCAAACGCCUGCUCGCCUCGUAUGCGUUAUUGAUCAUCUGUUCCCGCCGCCCUCACAGGACUUCGUCAUGGUGUUCUUUGAUAAGACCGGCACCCAGUAGCUGAAAAUCUCGC